UCUAUAUAAGCUGAAGAUGCACCUGAUUAGGGUUUUAGUUAUCCAUCUCGCAGCCCUUCAACUGUAGCCAAUUUCAGCGGCAGAGGAUACAGCUUGACGGAAAAUGGUGAAGGGACGCCAAGGGGAGCGAGUCAGGCUCUACGUCAGAGGGACCAUCCUCGGAUACAAGAGGUCCAAGUCAAACCAGUACCCAAAUACAUCAUUGAUCCAGAUUGAGGGAGUGAAUACCAAGGAAGAGGUUGCCUGGUAUGCUGGAAAGCGCAUGGCAUAUAUCUAUAAGGCAAAGGUAAAGAAGAAUGGAUCCCACUAUCGCUGCAUUUGGGGCAAGGUCACCAGGCCUCAUGGUAACAGUGGUGUUGUACGAGCCAAGUUCAAGUCCAAUCUGCCUCCGAAAUCAAUGGGAGAUAGGGUUCGAGUCUUCAUGUAUCCCAGCAACAUAUAAGAUUGCAGAUUGUGUUCAUUGUUGACUUGGAGCAAUAUGUAUGUUACUUAUUUUAUAAGCCAAAUUUAAACUAGUCGUUUGCUUUUGAGUUUUGAUUAUUGUUUAUGUAGAAUGCUGGAUGAACGUUAUUUUGCCUCCUUAUUAAUCUCAGUCAGGAUUUUUUUGCCCA